CAGACCUCGUCUGCAGUUCAGAGAGGUAAGAGAGAGGAACCAAGGUACCGCUAUUUACUGUAGAUCUCAAGAACUUCAGAAAGAGAAUCUCCCACUCACAGAAUCAUCAAACAGAAAAGCACCACCAAAGACGAGGUAACCAUGACCAUCAACACCACCCAUAACUGCACCGAGCCGCAGAUUAACCUUAUUUUCGUGGGGGUCUACGCCGUUGUCUUCACCGUCGGCCUCUUCCUCAAUCUCACAGCACUGGUAGUCUUCUUCUGUUAUACCAAGUUGUGGUCCCACACAAUGGUUUACAUGACAAACCUGGCCAUCGCAGACCUCCUCCUGGUCCUAACUCUGCCCCUGAGGAUCUACUACCAUCUGGGCUUGUCCGGGUUACCUCAGGUCUUGUGUGAAGGGAUGGGCCUGGUUCUUCUGGUCAACAUGUAUGGCAGCAUAUUCCUCCUCACCUGCAUGUGUUUCGACCGCUGCAUGGCCGUGUGCCUACCCAUGUUGUCCUGGGUCCAGGAGGGGCGUAAGAAAGCCCCGCUGGUCUGCCUUGGGGUGUGGCUGCUCACCGCAGGCGCCAGCCUCCCCAUCUACAUCUCCAAACGCAGAGAGGUGUCCAAGGACAUCCAGGUCAAUUGUUUCGGGAACCUCCCAGUCUAUGCCAUGCAGCCCAUGGCGGUCGCCUCGACUUUAACCGUCGGCUUCGGCAUCCCCUUAUUGGUGAUGUUAGUCUGUUCCUGGGCAUUGAUCCAGGCCAUCACAAGGAGCUCCAUAGCCCAAACAGACUACAUCGACUCUGGGAAGAUUCAGAGGAUGAUCACCAUCAGCCUGGUGAUAUUCCUCACCUGUUUCCUGCCCUACCAUGGGACUCUGGCCCUCCUCUAUGUCCAUAGGGAGGCGAUAACAUGCCCCCUUCUGGCAGCAUACCACUAUAGCCUAAUGGUGGCCUGUCUGAAUGCCAUGUUGGACCCACUAGCCUACUACUUCACAACAGAAACGUUCAGGAGGAAGAUGGAUAAGGAUUCUGUCAGAACAGCUCUUAGGGGAACAACAGGGGAUCCAGAGGACCAGUCGAUACUUUAAAGACGUUCCAUCAAGGGCGUAACAGUUUCUUGAACAUUAGGGGGACGGAGUCUAACAUUUGGGCAUUAUGGAUGUUCCCUGUAAACAGUCACAGCUCUGAGGGGAUCAACGCGAGGGAGAUCCAGAGGACCUGUCAAUACCUAAAAGACUUUAAAUAUAGUUCAAAUGUGGAGUCUUUAUAACAAUUAUGAAUUUAUAAAAGGAUCCACAGGCAUAUUCUCAUUGUACUUUUAUCCAAUGAAGCCUCGUCUACAGAACUGCAUCGGUUAUCGACGUUUGCAGAUGUUACACAUGAGGCUAAAUGAUGCAGUCCCAGGUGUCCGUGGCUCAAAUGGUGUAGGGAUCUACCGAUUCCUGCUGGGUCUUUGCUUGGGAAACAUGUUUUGUUGACUUUUCAGCCUUUUACUGACAUUGAUUGGUUGAUGAAGAGUAGCUAACUAAACUCCACUCCUUGGUAAAGGAAGUUUCUGAUGAAAUAAACCAAUGGAGUGGGGUAGACUGAGGCCAGGCUUUGUGUAAUUCAGCUCCAACUACACCGACUCGCCCAAGGUCAAUGCUUAAACAUUUUUUAAUUAUGAAACGCUUACCUUGUGUCUAUGUUUGUACUCUGUAGUUGCGUGCCUUUCUUUGUUUCCUGAAAUCCAUGCUUUUUCAAGAAACAUUAAUCAAAUACAACCACCGACUGUUUGCUCAUUGCUGUUGCUCUAAGAUGGCAACUCAGCCCAAAUGCACGUGCCAAUUGAAUCUCAACAAGGAAACGGUCGGUGGUUGGAAACUUCCUUCACCAUGAAGUGGAGUUUAGUCAGUUAGAUGAAAAGUAGACCCAAGGUAAUAUGGAGAACCAGUUUAUGGCAUCCAUGGACUGGAUAGCUGGAGUUGAUCUACCCUGAAUUUUUUUUUCUUUGUAUGUUGCGAAUGUGCAACACGAACAGUGACAAAUUAACUGGUAGAGAUGGCGUGAGAUGUAGCCACUGAACAAACAGUGCCAAUAUAUCCUCCAAACACCGGCUUCAAGGGCAUUAUCACUUUUAUACAACGGGUUACCAAUAUAUUCAAAGAAUGAUUUACAUAUUUUCAUUAAAAAAGUUAUUUGGAUUCAUUUAUUCAUACUAUUUCAUCCUUCCACAAGAUAUAGUCCCGACACAAAUCUAGGGUUGUUACCCAAGCCGGGUGAUCGUUCGUUCUAUCGGUUCGGUUGCCAGAGACGCGACCCAGUCGUUUAGUCUUUUUGUUCUGUAUCUAUGGACACGACCCAGUUGUUCGUUCUAAAUGUUCCAUUGCCAUACUGGCUGGCAACAGUCGUAUACCUUGCUUGCUAACUAGCCAACUACGGCUAACUUACAGUCACGUCAAAAAGUGCAGCCAGAAUAACAGCAAAGUAGCUGCAUUUCCAUUUGUUCAAGCUGUUUUCUAGUGACAUUUAUUUGGAUACAUCCAUAACAAUGAGCUAAUGAGGCGCGAUUUCGCCCGGCAUAGAAAAUGUGCUCACUCGUCAGGACACUGUUGUUCAGAGGAGCCAGCCAACAACACAGCUAACACAAUCACCUCAAACUGAGGCUGGAAAAACUGGAAACUAGCUGCACUUCAUUGCGUUUUACCUUUUUUCAAUUGACAUUUCUUUGUAUAUAUCCAUACAAAUGAUGCCAGCUGAUUCAUGAUUUCGACUGGCUGAGAAACGCUGCCUGCCUGUCUGUCUGUCUGUCUGUCUCGUCCCGACUCCCGACACGUUCACUGCUAUGGGACAGCUGGAGAUCGAAAUUAAAUAUUAAAACAAUGUUGCAAAUGUCUGAGAGAAAGACAGCAAGGUUUAUACAAAUCUCCACUGUUGAAAAUGAAAUGUUAGUCUAAAAGAAAUAUGAGAUAAUGUCUAGAUGCUUUUUAUAGUGGAGAUCAAGUUUAUAAAUUGCCUGGCUGGGCUGAUUAGACAUUGGAUUACACAGUCAGAUGGAACAGAGUAAAUAGGCAUUUUAACGCCAUAGACUUAGCCAGUGGUAACAUGUGGAAUAGACACUGGCUGGAAUGCGGUUUUAACCAAUCAGCAAUUAGGAUUAGACCCACCCGUUGUAUAAUAUAUGUUGAUGAUCUUGAACGAUGAUACAAUGAGUAAGCUCUUUUAUAAGCGGUUAUUUUGAAUUGGCAAAAUAUCGUAACGUCAUGAAAUGUAUUUAGAAUGUUUGUUUUGUAAAUCUGGAUCAAGUUUUGAAGUAUUUCUUUUUCACAUUCCCUGCCUGAAGAAAUCUUAACACUGACCAUAUGCAAAAGCAAUGCAGCAAUGUAUCUACAGUAGCUGAAGUUUGAAUGAGUUUGAGUAGCCUGAAUUAUUUUACUGCUACAUAAGGAAGCGUUGCAGGUCCCCCACUCACAUCUUCCUCUCAGGUGCCAUUGUUGCCUCCCAGCACCAUCGCAUUUAUGAGAACAAAACAUCAGUACCAGUGUUGUGGAGUAGUGAAUUACAUGUAGUUCAACUAGUAAUUGAACUACAUUUUGCUGUAGCUUGGUGGUAAUUGAGCUCAACUUAAAUCUUGGUAGUGUUUUCAGUAGUUAAUGAUGUUUUUGCCACGUAGCGGUGUAGCUAACUACUGGAACUACACACAACUUUUUUUUUCAAAAACAGAAGAAAAUAUUGGUGAAAUAGACAAUAAUUUAUUAAUCAAGUAUCUAGUAUUGAUUUACAUAUGGUUAAGUGGUCAACUAAUGUGAAUUCAAUGUGAAUUCAAUG